CUGGCCAAUGAGAGUCGAAUGCGCGGUGAUUAGCACCUGAUUAGCACGACCCAGGCCAGGACAGAUUUUAAUGCUAGAAAUUUUUGUUGUCUCGAUCGGUGAGCAGGGAGAGAAGAGGCAUAGGAUUGCAGAAUAUUAAAAGGAGGUAACUCCACUCCACUUCAUCUCCAUGGAUCUCUCCCUUUCACCCUCUGUUUCUGACACUGUCUGUGUGCUCUGGGGCUGUGAACUGAAUGAUACCCAGAGAAAGGCAGUGUUUGAAAUAGCGGAGGAUUUGUUGGAGCAUCAAUUCUUUAUCCGAACGAUGUGUCUGAGUGCAGAGGCCAGUAAGGAGAUGCAUGUAGUGGAGGUACAGGACAGAGUUGGGGAAUACAGCAAGCCAGUGCCCAUUGCCACUCUUCACCCUAUGUGCCAACCUAUGGUCAGUUUCAGUGGGUUUGAGCUUUUGCCACCUGUCAUCUUCAACCUUCGGUCUGGGCAGGGCCCCCUCUUCAUUUCUGGACAGCAUUUGACAUUGGUCUAUGAGGAGGAGGAGGAGGAGAAGGAGGUCUUCUCAUCAACACCCCCACUUGAUCACAGUGGUCUUCAAUAACAUGAUCAAAUUUGAAGGACUUCAAUAAAACACAGCACAAAAAGUAAAA